GGCCUCGUCUGGGCAGACGCUGCCGCCCCGUCAUCCGAGUCGGCGUCCCGGGUGCGGGUCUGGCUUUGCCUGUGGGGAGGGUUGGCAAAGCCAGACCCGGGUCGGCCGGGGAGGCCCAGAGCCGCCGGCGGAGCGGGCCGGGCCGGGCGGAGCCGUGUCGCUGCUGGCGGCCCCUGCCGCCGCCGCUGCCCCGUCGGAGGAGCUGGGAGCUCCAGUGAGCCCCGGUCUCUGUAAUCGCACCCUGCCGGUGCGCGCAGCGGACAGAAUUGACUUUAUUUUAUAACAGACCAAAGUUGAGAGUGAAUUCGGAACGAGCCUGGGCAGUCUCGAACGCGCUGCUGCCGGAGAGGCCGGUCCCUGCACGGCGGGGGUGCCGUCCCCGGGCAGCGGGAGCGUGCGGGCUGUCGGGAAUAGCGGAUCGGGAAAAUACCAUGAAAAUGUGUCCUUCAGAGCUUCACUUCAAAUCUGCUGCAGAAAACCUUGCUAAUAUCUAGAGAAUGCAGCUACUUAAUUGCUUAGAAAAAACGUUGGAGCCAAAAAGUUGUGAUUUGAUGAAGAGUGACUAAAAUUAUAUAAAAAAAAAUAUAAAUGGAUUAAAAUGCAUAAUGCUAACCAAGUAUUACCUUGGCAGCAAAUCUUUUAUUACUGUUGUAGCAGAAGGUACAGAAGCCCUCUCCCUACACUUGCUAAAGCUCGGGGUGUAUUUAUACAUCACAAGUCUCCUGGUAUCGGCUGUGGUUUUAUACCAAUAGUGGCUUCUUAAAGCCUAUGUCUCAAAGUUGUCAGAUAUUCAGAAAAUGUAGACGGUAAACUAUUUAGGAUUAUAUAAUGGGUAUGUUAUGGAAUUUGUGCGCAAAAUAAGAGUCUGAGAUCAUUACUUGUAAAAUCUUGCUGAUUUAUAGUUCAUCAUAAAUAUGCCUCUUUGCUUUACUUAUCUGAUAAAGUACUUUUGCUGAUCUUGGCUGUUUCCAGUUUGCCUUCUAGUAACUUUUCUGUGUUCAGAAGUAGAUAUAUACCUAUAACUGCUUUUGUAGUAAUUUGACUUCUAGAGCCAAAAUUUAGAGAUUAUUUGUAUUGAGGUUUCUAAUCAUUGGGUAAAAUUUAGUUUAUGUAUCAAUAGUUAAUUUAUUUUUACUAUUUUAAUCAUUUGCAUACAGGCAAGCAAUUGUGAGGAAGACAAUUUAAGAGUAAGGGACAAAGUUGGCCCUUGGACAACUGCUUUCUUUAGAUAUUUGCUCAAAAAAGGCUCCCGCGUUUUUUUCUAUGAAAUGCAGUUUCAACAAUUUCCCUGCUGCACCAUACUAAGCACUGGGAAUAGGUUUGUAGCGUUACCGAUAUUAGCGUGUGUGUAUGUAUGUGUAUAUAUAUGUAGACACAUAUAAAUUAAUUGUUUUUAAUUUUGAUGUUAAAAUCAUCUAAUCCUUCAAGUGAUUUUCUAUUCCUCAUGUUGUGAAUCUUUGUGAGGUGAAAAGAAAUCCUUUUUAACUUUUGUGAGAAAAAAGUCUGAAUCAGUUGAAAAAUUCUGCAAAAGGUGUAGGGAUUUAAUGUAUUGCUCACCUGUGCAAGUGACAGAUAAUGUUCUGUGGCGCUUUAGGAGACCUGACAGAAGGGAGUUUUACUCUCGGUUUCACUGGGGACGUUUAUACUUUGAGUAGAGGAUGUCUGCCCGAGUUUUCACUGUGGUGUAUUGACACCUGCUCAGGAAAGCCUGCAAGAGCUGGGCUGUCAAGUAACUGCAUUUCAGCCUGUACCAACUGGCUUCAUUUUCUGGGAAAACUGGGGUUUUCCUGCAUUUUUAUGAGGUACUGUAAUGAAGUUUUACACUAUUGUGUAGUCUCUACUACUAUAACAAAAUAGAAGUGAAGCAGACUCAUCUUCAAAGCUGUUUUCCAAUGAAUAAUAAGAGACACACACCUUUUAUUUUAGCUUUGCUACAGAUAAAUUGCUGUUUCAAGUUUUGGCCAAACUGUCUGUAUUUCCUUUGAUUCCAAUGGGAGGGGGGUUUAGCUUAGUUCAGACUUCCCCUACACUUAACACACCUUGUGGAUUAAAUUUGUAGAGCAAUUUGUGAAUGGUUAAGCUUUGGAGGAAUGAGGAUUUGAAAUCCUAUUUUGUUAAGAAAGGAACUAAUUGCUUCCGUAGCCAUUUACUUUUGAGAUCUGGUUGUUUCCAUAACUUCUCUAUUACUCUGUGAUCAGACUACUAGAAAGGUAGCUUAGUUCUCAUUCAGGGAUUUUUUUGGAUGACUUUUGAAUUGGGAAUCAACUAUGCCAUAGAUUGUUCAAAACGGUACUGAGCUUAACAAAAGUUCAGGCAGGGCAUUUAUGUGUAAACGUGGGCUUGUGCUAGCUGUUUUUAAUCAUAAGGUAGUUUUAUCUCCCUGUUAGAUGUGAAUCUAACAGAGCGAUGUGUUGGACUAAGCUGGAAAGGGGUUUGAGAUCACUGCAGAUGUAAAGGGUGUAAAUGUAGUGCAUCUUAUCCUAUUGUAGAAAAUGCAAACAAAAUAAAACUUCAUGCUGCAACAGAAAUAUUGACAGAAUUUUCUGUUGUGCUGUAGCAUCUCUUAGGAUCUGCAGAUGAACUCUUUGUGAAACUUUGACUGAGUCCAUGACAGUCACUUACUUGUUCUGAGAUGUCAAAAUUUCUUGUUUAUAUGCAGCAAUCUCUCCAGUUGUAUCUACAUUUUGUCCAAGUUUAAAUAUAUUUGAGUGAGCUUAAAAGCAAAGAAUACGAAUCAACCAAAGCAAAGAUUAUUGCUUGAUUUAUUCUUCUAUGGAUAAUAAUGCUUCUAGAAUUCAGCUUUGUAAUUCUCUGGAAACCAAGAGUUCAGGAAAGAAGAGUAUAAAUAAGAGUGAUUUAGGAAAUGGUGGUGUUUGACAUGACAAAUACUGAGCAGCAAGUCGGUACUUGUGUGGUGUUCCACUCAAGGGAGGCUUUGAAAGAAAAUGUAUGAAACCAUCAUUUUAAUGUGGUCAGGCAGAUACUUGCAGUUUUACUGCUGAUAGAAUCAUAGAAUCAUGGAAUUGUUUCUUCCUUGUUUUCAAAGAUUAUUUGAAGAGGACUGUCCUAGAAGUGCCUCUGGGCUGUGACUGCCUGGCAGCAGCUCAUCGUGGGUACCCUGGCACUAAUUACUGGGGCUGCUGCCAUCUGAGGACUAAGACAAAUGCAGACCCAGAGGAGUGAGGGUGAUGAAGAUUUUUGCCCUAAAACUUCCAUGAUCACAGCAGAUAGGGUCCCAUUCCUAAGUUAAAAUGCUCUUGAAUGGUGAUACAUUUUUGCAAUUAUGUCUUAAGUUCUCCCAAGUGGUGCAGUAAAUACUGAAUCCUACCAAAUGCAGGGAAGGACUGAUCUAUACACUGAUCUAUACAAAUACCUGCUUUUUUUCUUGCCUUUUCUCUGUAUUCUGAGUGGUAACGUACAGAGUGUCCAUUCAACAUGUCAUGGAGAACUUUUUUUUUGUUUUAGUCUCAAUUUUCCCUAUGAUCCUCCUAACUUCUCUAUAUAUUUCUGUUUUCAGACACAUGCUACAACAGCAGUGAUUUGUAACGUGUGUUUUUUUCCCAAGGAACCCACGUUGCUGAGCUAACUAAAGAAAAUGCAAGGGAUCUUUUCUCACACCUUUGUGUGAGUUAAAACGAGUGUAAUUUCUAUCAUUCACCUGUCUCUGAGAGCAGCGAAUCAUACAGCAGUGAGUGAAGGAAAUCAAACAGGUGCAGACUUAGAAGCAGAAACUAAUACGACGUUGGCAGCCACACGGCUUCACGUUGUAGUUAUAUGAUGCUUCCCUGCUGCUACUGUAUGAUGUCAGUAAAAGUAAAUACCAAAUGUGUUUUGUCACCAUCUAUUCUUGGUUUUUUAAGUGAAAUAAGAGCUUUCAUAGCACAUCAUUUUUGGAGUAAGUUUGUUUUGAAAUCUAGUGAGAAAUGUUAAAUGCAUGUCACUCUCAUGUUCACAGGUUACUUCAGUGAACAUGUUUGUUGGAAGACAUAGGGCAGCGAUCCACUACUAGUAAAUUCGUGUUAUGGUCUACGUUUGCUGUAUAAGACCCUGAUGAAUAAUUGUAAUGCAGAGGCAAAGAGAAUUGAUAGGAUUCUUUUUAGUGUGGCUGGAUCAUCCCCUACAGAAAUAGGCAGGAGGCUCCGCAGAGCACUGCACGGGCUCAGUGACCUCAGUGUCCACUUCUACCUGGGCUUCACGGCUAGAAGGCCUUCAAUUUCUUGCAUACAUAAUAUCUAUGAAAGCCUUAAACACUUUGAUCUAUGUAUGCAGGAAGGUUAAGAGAAGACCUAUUCAUAGACAGGUGCCCCAGAGGUGAUCUUAAAUUUUACAGGACUUCAACCUACCAUUACACUAUCCCACAGGCAGGGGUGGAAGCUAACGCAAAACAAAGUGCCUUACUUUUUAGCAGUGAGAGUACUUAAUAUUGCUAUGAGUUGUCUUAGAUCUCACUACUCCCCCAAAUGCAUGAGUUUGUAUAAUUGUCUUCAUUCUGAACUGCUAUAAAGUGGUCUUGGGCCUAAAGAGCACAGGUUACCCCUGUACGUGCUGAAAUAUCAUGGAAGGUGCUGGACUUGACUUCUGACUACACAUUAAUUUUUUCCCUUCAUCUCUGCUAAUUCUAUGAAGAAUUGUUAUGUGCAUUAAAGUACUUACAUUCUCAUGGCUUUGAGAAGCCUUAUGACUGUCUGGUUAAGUGUAGAGAUAACUUUUUCUUUAGAUCAUACAGUGGGUGUGUCCAAAGUUAACUUGUGUUUUAGAAUAACCUUUCUGCUUCAGUUUAAUGCUGCUUGCAUCACCUCAGAGAAGAGGUUAGGGAGACAUUCCAACUUGGAGGAAGCUGUUAAAAAAAUUGGGGGUUCUUAUUAACCUUUUCAACUGUAGUGAUCUUCCAGGACUGUUUCAGGAAUAUUUCAACCUUAAAUCAUACUGUGUUGAAAGAGCUACUGGUCUGCUAGCAUUAAUGAAUAAUUAAGUAUUGUUAUGGUAUGGUACCUUGCUGAACAAUAUUUUGGUUAAUUCUACUGGAAUUUGAUUGUGGAGCGGCUAACUUCUUUAUGCAAAUAAAAUAAAACCUUCUUGUGUAUCAGAAUAUAAUCUAAAGAUUACUUUCAUUUUCUAGAUAGUUAUGUUGGUGAUUUAUGUGAAUAAAUGAGAUUGUUGUUCUUCUAACCAUUAUUUAUCAGUAAAACAUUGCUAGUGGUGCCUGCUUCUCUGACCUGGUAAGGACCAGUCUUGCCUUCCCAAACUGAUGGAAGGAAGUUGGGGUGCCCUGGUACCAACCCCAGCACAAUUACUGCAGUCCCGGUGCUGUUGGUCCGCGGUCCUGCCUGCUCCCCAGCGCGGCCUCUGCACGUCCAGCACCGCUUCAGCUCAAGGUUUCAGAGUUCGGCUGAAAGCAAAGGAAGGGGUUCCUUCUGUCAAGUGCUGCUGCUGUUCAAAAUUCUUGUUAUUUAACCCCAGCUGUCUACAGAUGUUUUCAAGAUCGCAGGAAGCAUGCGUCUUCAAAGGAAGAAACUAAGGUGGAAAAGUCACAAGUGCGUGAUGUAGCUUGGUCACUUUCUUUUUUUUUUCAGAGCAGAUGGGUACAGAAACUCAUUGUCUACUGCUUUUUGGGCUGUGCUUUGUGUACUUGAUCUGUUUCUUUGCUUUUAAAGCAAUACUGUAUGUUCCCUAUUUCUGGUUUUCACUGCUUAUCUGCUACCCUGACAGCCACACUUACAGACCUUUAACUGCAUCGUUCACUCCACUCACUACCAGGAUCUGUGCUGUUUACUCCUAAAAUUUUAAGGAGAAUAAGUUUCUUUGUUUCCCAAAAGAAAGAUGAAACAACUCUGACAACAAGGAUGUAGAAUUGCUUAUCAAGAGAUAAUUACCAGUUCUAACCGAGAUGAGGUGGGCAAGGACCACUGAGGGUCCCUUUCCUCUUGGCACCCCUCUCUUCCUGGUUCUCGUGGUACAUGUUUACAGUCCAUUUUCAAUGUGUGGCUCUGGCCUAGGGAGUGUGAAUUCACCUAGAGAUGCUAAGAUGCCGUGAUCAAAAGAACAUAUUUUUUUUUCCUCCUCGGGAGGGCAUAAAACGUCCAUCUUCUUUCUACUUGGGUGCUUAUCCUUAAUUCAUUCCUUCUGUCUGGACCUAGUGCUAGUGGUGACAGUUUGUAUUUUAACAUUUUGUCCUGCACUAAAUUGUUCUCCAUUUUGCUGCCACUUGCCCUUGGGAAAGUAUGGGACAAGGAGGGAGGCUGCUUUCUAUGUAUGACAAACUUUCUGUACGUUCUAAGCACACCAAAAAAAAGGAGUAAUUUCUGGUGGGAUUUGUGUGAGACUUGACCAAGAUCUGGUUCCUGAGCUCAAAGAUCCUCAAUGAUGCAGGAACGACCAAUCGUGGCUGUUGGGGACUGGUCUUGUAGCCUGCACGCAGUCCUCAGCCUGGGCAGCUUGUCACCCCAGGUUCACAACAGCUCUUCCUCCUCUCAGCAGAGAGCAGCUUCAUCAGGAGUGUCCUGAUGUGUCCCCUCUGCCUGGCUCCUGAGCCCCAGGGAUGCGGGGCUGGGCUGCCCGUGGAUGGGGGGGCUGGCAAACAUGUGCCUCCUUUGCCCUGCGUCCCCCCAGGGCAGCAGGGCUCUGCAGGGUGCUCAGAAAACACAGUUCCUUUGGCCUUCGCCUGCUCCGCUGUUCCCUUGGGUUUAUUGUUUGAUGUAAUGUUUGAUUUCUGACUCACGUCAGCUCACAAGCUCUGAGGUGUUUUGUAGCUUUGUUCGCUGAAUAAAAGAACUCUCCUGCCGAAGCUACCUUUGUAUAGAUGGCUGCCAUCAUCUCGCUUCUGUUAACCACCCUUUAGUCCUUAUUUUCCUUGUCAGAUAUAAGAGCAUAUAGAACAUAUUUUCCCCACUGAUACAGCUCCAUUUCUUCCUUGUGGGGUUUUUAUCAUAUUCCUACCUGUUGAUUUUGUUUUGAGAGUGCUUGAAUUUUCAUAAUUUGAUUUAAAUUGUUCAUAUGUCCCAUUACAGCAUGUAACAUAAGACAUAAAUAGAAAAAAAAAAAUCCACUAGUAUGUUGUGAUACAUUGGACAUGCUUCCUGCAUCAGAAGUCAAUGGAUGAUGUUGAGAUCUGUUUGUUCAAUUGGAGAAACAGAUUGCUCUUUACAUCAGUAGAAAUGGACAGCAGCAGUUUCAUUCAGUUUGAUGUGCCCGAGUACAGCAACACUGUUCUGAGCCAGUUGAAUGAGCUCCGCCUGCAAGGGAAGCUGUGUGACAUAAUUGUGCACAUUCAGGGUCAGCCCUUCCGAGCCCACAAAGCUGUUUUAGCUGCCAGUUCUCCCUAUUUCCGUGACCAUUCGGCAUUAAGCACCAUGAGUGGCUUAUCAAUAUCUGUUAUUAAAAAUCCCAAUGUUUUUGAGCAGUUGCUGUCAUUUUGUUACACUGGAAGGAUGUCCUUACAGCUGAAGGACGUUGUGAGCUUUCUCACCGCAGCCAGCUUUCUGCAGAUGCAGUGCGUGAUUGACAAAUGCACACAGAUACUGGAGAGCAUUCACUCCAAGAUCAGUGUCGGUGACGUUGACUCUGUCACAGUUGGUGCUGAAGACAAUUCAGAAAAUCGCAAUGGAGUCAAGGACAGCAGCUACUUUGCCAAUCCCAUUGAGAUCUCUCCCCCCUAUUGCUCUCAGGUGCGACAGUCGGCAGCGGGCGGUGACCUCAGGAUGGAAACUGCUCCGGGCAAAGCCCUACGCAGCCGUCUGCAGGAAGAAGGGCACUCGGAUCGAGGAAGCAGCGGGAGUAUCUCUGAAUAUGAGAUUCAGAUUGAAGGGGAUCAUGAGCAAGGAGACCUGAUAGUAAGGGAAAGUCAGAUUGCAGAGGUGAAAGUUAAAAUGGAGAAGUCUGAGCGGCCGAGCUGCUCAGACAGCUCUUCCCUGGGCGAUGACGGGUACCACACCGAGAUGGUGGAUGGAGAGCAAGUGGUGGCAGUCAAUGUUGGUUCCUAUGGGUCUGUCUUACAGCAUGUCUAUUCAUUUACCCAUGGCUCGUCACAGGCCGCAGGCGUGUCUGAAGCCUUUGGCAGCCUGAGCAAUACGAGCCCUUCCAGGUCAAUGCUGAGCUGCUUCCGAGGGGGCCGUGCACGCCAGAAACGGGUACCCGCCGGUCACCUGCACGGUGAUGUCCAGGGCUUGGUGCAAGGGGCUGAUGGUGAAGCCAUGGUGAGUAACCCAGGAUAUGAGAAUAGUCCACGGGAAAGAAAUACAAGGGGUCACUGGUAUCCGUACAACGAGAGGCUCAUUUGUAUUUACUGUGGAAAGUCUUUCAACCAGAAAGGGAGCCUUGAUCGACACAUGCGGUUGCACAUGGGAAUAACUCCUUUCGUGUGCAAGUUUUGUGGGAAGAAAUACACCCGCAAGGACCAACUCGAGUAUCAUAUUCGUGGUCACACAGAUGACAAGCCCUUUCGCUGUGAGAUCUGUGGAAAAUGUUUUCCUUUCCAGGGUACACUAAACCAGCAUUUGCGAAAAAAUCACCCUGGGGUAACAGAAGUAAGAAACAGGGUAGAGUCUCCAGACAGAACAGAAGCUUUUGUGGAACAGAAAGUAGAUAAUGAUGCUUCAGCUUCUGAAGCUAUGGAUUCUAGUAUGGAAAUUCAUGCAAUGUCUAACGCAUCUGAUUAAAAUAUUACAUUCUAAGUGCAACACAAACAAGCACAUUACUAAUGUAUUUUUUUUUAAUCUGCUAUUCUUUUAGUAAUCUUCAGUACAAGUAUAACAGCCUUUUAAUUUUCCUGACCUUCUGGAAAUCAGUUUGAAACGGUUUCUGGAGAAGAAUUACAUACGUAUUCUUUGGUUUUGAAGGAGGCUAGGUUGUUUUGAUUUUGUUUUUUAACUUUGAAGAUGCUCAAAAUGUAGAAGACAGUGUGCUCGGGAAAGAAUAGGAAGAGUCUGCUGAAGUGUCCCCACUGGUUGAUCUGGCAAGACACAAAUUCCAGUGGAGAAAGAUAGUAGAAUAAGAUUGGCAGCUCUGCUGGACACACUGAGAAGCUCUAAUCUCCCUUAUUUCCUAAAUGCUGUUGCUGGUAAUGAGCUACACAGCAGUGGGGAGAGAGAAUAUUGGAACUUUGAUUCCUUCUGUGUGUCACGAUGAAAUCUGUUAGCUUUUACUAACUGGUUUUGGUAGUUGGUCUGUUUAUAUAUAUAAAUUUGCUUUAUAUAUAUAAAAUGCUCUCACUUUUCCUAUUCUGGUUGAGGUGAAUGUAAAAUUACAUCAAAGUUUAUACUAUAUAUGACUUUCAACUGCUGGUCUCCUCUCUGCUUAGGAUCUAGGACUUCAGACUUCAGGAGGAUGGUUUUGGUUUUAAAAGAAUGUUGUUUGGUUUUCAUUUUAUUAAACUAUUUGUGUGCGGAAGUGAGCAAAGUGAUUUACUUUAUUUUAAUAGCUUUGCUUUAUAACAUAUGUAAACCAAAUGCCAUAAAUCUAUUAAAUUAUGGUUAAGUUGUUGAGGGGUUUUGUUAGUUGUCUAGAAUGCAAGCUGGACAACCUGUGGUGCUGACCUUUUUAUAUAUAUAGAGAUAGAUAUAUCUAUAUAUAUAUAUAUUUAAAAAACAAAUAAUUAGCAAAGCUAAAAGUAGCAUUGUGGUUUUAAAUGUGUUUUUGCUGGCCUCAGAAUCUACCUUCAUUUCGUACUGUAGAACCAUACCAGGUAAUUAACUUUAACUUUGUCCCUCUUCGUGGUUGGUUAAAACCCGAGAGAGAUGAUGUAGUUUAAACUACAGUAUUUCCAAGCAGUGUUUUAAUAGGUCUCUUCACAGAGAGCUGUUUUCAGGUGCACAUUGACUUCCUACUUAAAGCUCCAAGUGAUGCAUCAGCACUUGGAAUUUGUACUUUUUUUUGUAUAAAAAGAAAUACUCUAUGGGAAUUUCGAGCAAUAUGUCUGUUAUUUCAUGUGUGAGUAUUACAGAGUUGCUAUGGCUUCCCUACUAUUUUCAGUGGUUGUUUUCUGCAUAAAGGAACUACCAACAACUUCAAAAAUACUCUAAAUCCUUUUGUUUCACCAAACGUUCCUUUUAAUAUGGUGCUAACUUCAUCAUUUAGGUCAGUAUAAUAUUUAAAUGUGAAACCUAAUGGUAACAGUUAAGCAAAAAAAAAAAAAAAAAAAAAAAAGGCAAAAAAAAUCCAAAACAAACAAAACCCAACAAAAAAAGCCCUCACCACAAGAGAAAACACAAACCAAUAGCUUAAGAGACCUCAAAAGCAUGAACUGGCAAACACUACUGUGUGAGAUUCUACCUGAUGAACAGAAUUAAAUUAAUCAUGUGCUUGAUUAAAAUACAAGUUUUUUAUAAUUGGGCCUUAAGUUUGUUUAGCAAAUAUUGAAAAUACACCUGUGAACAUGCUGUUUAACUCCUGAAAUUUAGAAAACAAAAGCUCAUUCCUAAACUCCAGGAAAGCGAAGAGGUAGGUUUUCUAUCUUGUAAAGCUUUUCUGGCGCCUGGGAAGUUGGGGUGUAUUUGCGCAGUAGCUUUAUUAAAUACACUAGCUCUUAAUAUUGUGACAGUCUGCAAUAAGAAUUAAUUUCAUGAAGUACAGAUUUACAGUGUAAACCCCACCUGCUCCAUUGGAGCAGUUUCUGUUAAACUGAGUAUGUGAUUUGCCUCUUUGUCCUAAAAUUGCGUAAAUGAAGAGGCAGAGGGUGGGGAGAUGUUUCUCUCCUUGAAGCAAGGACAGAACUUUUGUUUGCAGUGAGGGAAAGUGUGUGUCUGUGUCUAGGGAAGGUAGUCUGUAUGUUUGCCCACCUAAAAACAUGUUGGUGUUUCUGAUACUGUUUUUUUUCCUGAAUGUUUGUUUUAAGUAAUUAACUGCAAAAAAAAAAAAUGUGUUUUGAUGAAUUAAGCUUGAGACAGGCAAAAUCCAAGAAAUGUACAGUUCUUAACCCUUUGUCUUGGACCUGUGCUGUGGUGCCUUUGGUGUGACCUUAUCCAUGGAGGUAUGAGUUGAGGACAACAGGAUGUGGGUACUACUGUUAUAUUUCUUGAAUUUCUGUGUGUCACAAUCUUAACAUUAUUUAAAUCUAGUUCUUUGUAUUUGUAAAUGUAUUUAAAUGGUUUGAGUUUACCAAAGAGUGACUUAUCCAAAAUUGUCUCUGACAAAAACAAACAAAAAACCAUCACUUUGAUUGUACAGGUUCAGGUUCAAAACAUUGUAACGGGACUGUUAAGGGGCAGGAAAUGAUCCCUUUUUCUACAAAAUCAUGAUUCCGCGAGUUCCACUUGCUCCUCUUGGUGUUAUAGGCCAUUUCCCCCUUGCGCUGCUCGCAGUGCUCGUGAUGAUCAAGCCAUAGCACGGGGCUGUGACGGGCAGCCGUGCUUCAGAGGGUGCGUGCGUCGGUGAGCGUAGAACACCACCGAGCAUCACAUUUACACUUGCAAAGUGUGUGACUCUGGUAGAAAACGAACUUCAAACCUGGCAACAGCAAUUAAAUUGUGCCUUGUCACAUAAUGGUUUGCCAGGAUCAACAUUCUCAUGAAACAUGAAGCAUUUUCGGGUUGAAGUUCAUUUCACAAGUCACCAGAACAGAGUGUGCUGUGUCAUUUUAAGAAAAUUAUGGAAGUACUGUACGGUGUCUUGUGUCUGUACAGUUUUAAGUUAGCACAGAGCUGUUACACAUUUCAUUUACAAUAAAUGCAGAAGUCAAUAAAAUAUGUGAAGUAAUAUUUGACAGCAAAAUAAAUCAUGAAAUUAUAUAGGCUGGUUCAUAAUUGAGUCUCUUCUUAAUCUACCUUUUUAAUUAUAGACAAAUGUGAAAACAGUGACAGUGUCCUUUCCUCUAGAUGUUUAACCUAUUAUGACAAACUGUGAAAAUAGAGGAUUUUAUACCUUUGCUAAUGUUUGCGGUUUUAAACAGUUACUUUAAUUUUCUUAAUCAGUUAUCUUCCACACUAUUUCUUUUAAACUUGUAAAUAUAUUUAGAAAAUAGCUUUGUAAAUAUUUACAGUAUAUAAAAGUUCAGUCUGGUCAAUAAGGCCUCAAGAUUGGCUCUGCUUUUUUAGCGUGAAACCUUUCGAUAGCAUAAAGGAUACUGUCAGUUCACUGUUCCGCAGAAGAUACUGUAGGCCUAAAUUGGUAGUUCUUAACGCAGUCUUCCCAAGCAUAAAUUCCUGUUUUAUGCUGAAGCCUUUGGUUUACUUUCAGACAAAACAUUGAGGCCUCUUAGUAUGUUUAGGCUGAAUUAUGGGAAGAACAGCAGGAAUAAAAUCAAGGGCUGGGAAAAGAUUGAAUGAGCUUUACCUUUAAAUAUAUAUAUAUAUCUUAUUUGAAUUUUUAUAUUAGUUUACUGUGAUUCUUUUAUUGUCAUUUUUCUAAACAGGUUUCACGUGAAACCAUUGAAAGGGACUCAAAUAUGCAACACCUAAUCUAUUUUCCAAGGGAAUUUUACCCUUGAAUGGUGCUUUUUGACUGGUCAGGGUUAUUUAUUAAAUUUUAUAUUUGAAAGUAUUUGGGGAAUUAUGUAAAUUCUUUAUAUGAAUCUGUUUAUUUCAUUAAUUGUAAAUUUCAUAAUACUCAGUGAUUGAAUUGGAAGUCUAGUAAAGUCAUUCAAAAUGUUCAAAGUUUAUAAUCUGUGUGCAUUUUACGUAUAUUUUAACAAGUGCCAGAAUAGUUGUAUUUAAUAUUGUAGAUUUAAUACUACUUGCACAUCCCUGUGACAGCAUUAACUUAAGUGACGCAAGUUUACAUUUUAAAUAAAAAAAAGCUAAAGGAAGGAGUGAGCCUGGGAGACGUGUUCCUGCGUCUCUCCGGGGGCCGUGGGGGCCGGGGUCGGUGCCGUAGCGGGGUCUCCCCUUCUCAUGGCACCGACAGCUCCCGCUGCCCCUCGGGUUAGAGGUAGAGCUCUUGCACGAUUUUAACAGUGUUUGUUUCUGACUGAAAAAUUGUAUUUUUAAAUAACUUUUAUUUGUAUGGUUGUUUUUCAUGAUAAAUAAUUGAACAGUUUGAAUGACUUGACUUGGUGUCAUUAUCUUGCAAUAUAAACCGGUAACCUCACAAGUCCACACUUCAUCACCAUAUGAAGUAAAUGAAGCUAGCUAAGCUGAUGCUGUAACAAUUAAUAACUUGCCAUUAAGGAUUAUUUUAUAGCAUGAAUUUUAAAAUAUUUAUUCAAAUGAUAUUUUAAUCUUGUAUUCACUUUGUUUUUAGAUUUGUGACAUGAAUAUUUCAGUGCUGCUUUAUUUUGUUCUGAUGAAAUUGUUUCUUGCUUGUAAAUUGCUUUUUUUAUGGUAUAAAGUCAAUGGGAAUUGCUGUUUGUAAAUUAAAAUGCUUCUAGAGCAAA